AUGGAGGGCAGGAAGAACUUCAUAGAACUGAAUUUGGUUCCGGAUGAGGGUCUGGGGCGAGCCCGAGAUCAGCUGGAUGAUGCUUCUGGACGACGCCGGGUCGGUUACCCCCAUCGGCGGAGACGGCGGAUUUGCGGCCCCGAGGGAGGCGGACGACGUGUGGCGCGGCGGCCCAAACGACGGGUGGGGAUCAGGGGGGGUUAUGCUUACGAGACGAUAUCCGGCGUUGUUGGGAUGAACGAGGGUGUGGAGGUUGAGGGUUUUGGCAGACGGGAAGGAGAGAGGAGUAGGAGCUUGUCGGGGCCUCUGGAUAAGGCGGAACAGUGGAGGCGAGCAAGGGAGUCGGCCGCGAGGUCCAGAGAGCGUAAACAGGCGUAUCAAGUGGAGUUGGAGUCGAUUUUAUUAGGCGUAUCAAGUGGACUCGGAGUCGAGAUUACAAGAAGAAAAGGAGCAGUUUCUGAUACAAAAGAGCAGACAAAGAAGAGGCUUAAGCAGCUAAUGGAGAAGAGAAAACCACCACGCAUGCGCAAGGACUAUGUUGCAGUUGAGCUGCAUCUGGGCUUCGAAGUGCUUGCGUCGAGCAAAUUUUCUCCAGCUCAGGCACAGCUUGUAGAGCUAAAGUCCUAG